CUCCAACAGACCACGAGCGAGAGGCAGCUUUCCACUACGAAUUCCUAUAAAACGCGUAGUUUUAUGAAAUACAACUCCCCAUUUUCUCGCCGGCGAUCGUUCUCUCUGCUGAUUCGCGGCUGUGCCGGAGGUCGACGCGGCGGCACAGCGGUGUUUUGUCAGUUUGGCUUUAUCUUUUUAGUCUUUCAUGGCUAACGUCCACCGUCUCUUCCGAGUUCUGUUGCUGCUUUUCACUCUUUCUGAUUCAGUAAUCCGAACUCUGAGCGUUGGAAUUGGAAUAAACUAUGGCCAAAUCGCUAAUAAUCUACCGUCUCCGUCGCGCGUCGUCACUCUUCUCCAAAGUCUGAACAUCAGCAGAGUAAAACUGUACGAUGCAGAUCCUAAUGUCCUGUAUGCCUUCUCCAGUAGUAAUGUGAACUUCAUUAUAGGACUUGGUAAUGAAUAUCUCCAGAACAUGACCGAUCCUCAGAAAGCCCUAGCUUGGGUUCAACAGCAUGUUCAAACACACAUCAGUCAGACUCAAAUCAGUUGCAUCACUGUUGGCAAUGAAGUUUUCGUUUCUAAUGAUUCUCAAUUAAGGUCUAAUCUUCUUCCUGCAAUGCAAUCUGUUCAUAAUGCUCUUGUUAAUCUUGGGCUGGAUAAGCAGGUUUCUGUCACCACGGCUCAUUCCCUUAACAUCUUAGCCAACUCUUUCCCUCCGUCGGCAGGGUCAUUCAGGCCAGAUCUCACUGAAUACUUGCAACCAAUACUCAAUUUCCACUCAAUGGCGAAAUCUCCUUUCCUUAUAAACGCAUAUCCUUUUUUUGCAUACAAGGAUAACCCUGGCCAAGUUCCCCUAGAGUAUGUGCUUUUCCAGCCUAACCAAGGGAUGACUGAUCCCAUCACAAAUUUGCAAUACGACAAUAUGCUGUAUGCCCAAAUCGAUGCAGUUUAUGCCGCCAUCAAAGCAUUGGGGCAUACAGAUAUUCAAGUCCAGAUUUCCGAAACCGGUUGGCCAUCUCGGGGUGAUCCGAACGAGGUUGGUGCUACACCAGAGAACGCUGGAUUGUAUAAUGGCAAUUUGCUAAGAAGAAUACAGAGUGGACAAGGAACCCCGGCAAAACCAUCAAUUCCUAUCGAUAUCUAUGUUUUUGCUCUAUUCAAUGAGAAUUUGAAGCCUGGUCCAGCAUCUGAGAGAAACUAUGGUCUUUAUUAUCCUGAUGGCACACCAGUUUACAACAUUGGAUUGCAAGGGUAUCUCCCAGAGCUGUUGUAUUCAUCAUCCAAAAGAAAUGUUUUCUCAGUUUUCAGCUUGCUUCUGAUAUUCCUAGUCAGCUUAAUCUACAGUUAAGAUCUUCCCCAUCAAUUAUGAAACAGUAGAGGUAUACCAGAAAUAGAUAGAAAUUCUUAUUCAUAGCCUGAAGAGUUUUAUAGAGAAGCCGCGCAUAAAGUCCCCUUCAGAUGCUGCAUUUAACUAACCAUCUGUAUUAUAUAUUUACUUUCUAUUUCAUCAUCAAUUUGGUACAUUUGAAGAUUAUUUUUGUAGUUUCACACAGCAAUAAAGUGUUAUUAUUUCAUUAAAAAGCUUCCUAAAUAUUGAGCUCCAGAAGAGCAGUUUCCUUUUUUUCUUUUUCUUCUCUUUGCAGCUCCAUUUCAGUAGCUCCAUUUCAGUGUUCGAGGACUAUAUAGGUCCUAACAUGAUACCAUGUGAGGAAUCACGACUCUCCACAAUGGUACGAGGCCUUUUAAGGAUGCCCAAAGCAAAGCCAUGAAAGCUCAAUAUUGGAGAUGGGGAGACGGAAGGACUAAUCUUGGAGAUGGACCAUCUGAAAUCAGUAAGGUCUCUCUUCUCUUUCCUCCAAUGGGAUAUCCAAAACACAAGAACCUAUCUUCAUCAUGAUAAAUAAUGGGUGUCUGCAUCAGUCAUGUCUCUCUCUUAUUUUACAUGUGAAUCUUGGGGUUAGGUUCCUGAAAUCUCUUGUUGAAGCAGCCAUGUAUGAACAUCAUUUCAUUUAACUAAACACAUAUCUGAGCAGCCCAAUUUGAAACUGGUAACAGUAGCCAUCUGGGGAAGGUUUUGAACAGUUUUGAGUAAUCUCACACGCCUUUUCUUUUUUGAUAUCUCCUUGUUGGCGGGGCCUACUGAUUUUACCUGUUUAUUUGAUGGUGUUGAAUCCCAUGAGGGUCAGCUUCCUUGGGGUGGCCCUCUGUUUUCCUUGCCGAUAAGUUUGAUUGUUAGUUUUGAAUGGUUUCGAUAAGGCGGUGACUGUCUUUUUCAAAAGGAAGGUGUGGGAACGGAGUUGCGUGGCUUCCAAAUAAAGGAAUUGGGUAUAUUUUUGUUGAUA